UAUCUUUCAAUAAUAGACAGUUGUUUAUUUUACUCAUCAUCACAAAGGUCCAGGUUGGAUUACGAGUUUGGGGCUCCAUCAACUCGCGGGCUGAAAUCCGGUGAAUAGUCCACGUUAUUUCUCGACCGACUCUUCCCCCCUUCUUCCUCCUCCUCCUCCUCCUCGACGACCCACCGAUCAGCGACUUUCUCGACGUCCGAUUACGUUUCUCUCUCUUGUCAUUCUCUCUCCGUCUUACAGCUUUCUCAAAACCCUAAUUGAACCCUUAGUUCAUCAAUUUCGACGUCAGCUAAAUCAAUAUUGAUUUCAGAAAUCUUGGAAUCAGGAGGUGCUCUGGAUCAUUCCUUGGGAUUUUCUUUUUUAAUUUAAUAUUUACAGCUAAGCAAGUGUUUUAUCUCCUAUCUUCUGCAUUUAUCCAAAUUUACACUGGAUUUCAUGCUUUUCGGCUGUACAAUAUUGCCAUGCGCAACUGUGUAAAAGGGGUCGGCUACAAAGAUUGUGUGUGGAAACUGAUGCGAUGUCGGCAUCUAGCAAAUUUGAUACAUCUACUGGUAGCCCAGAUAAGUCGAUAUUCCCCACUGGGCAGCGUGGAUCUUAUUCGACAACUUUAUUGGAAAAAUCUGGUAGCUUUAGAGAAAGCACGGAGAGCCCGACCUUACCAGCCAUUCCAAACUUGGCUAGAGGCAGUGCCUCUUCCGCGCAAGAUGUUGUAAAUUUCUUUCAGUGCUUACGUUUUGACCCAAAAUCAAUGAUUUCAGACCAUAAACUUAAUCGACCUGUAGAUUUUAGACGGCUUGCUAGUGUUUCUCUGGGGAUUCCAGUGGAUGAUUCCCCAUCAGUGGCUUCUAAAGGGAAACCUUCAUCAUCUCAUUCACCUGAAGAGUUCAGGCGGCUAAAAGCUUCUGCUCGUGAGAGCUUGAAUAAGGCUAGGUAGUUGAUCGUUCUGCAUUUAAUGUUUUUCUCUUUGUUUAUGCAUGGAUCUGCAAUGAUGACCUUUUUUUGUGGAACUAUCAAUAUAAAUUUCAGAGAACGUCGAAAGGCAUUCAAUGACUCUUUGUCUUUGAUGGAUAAGUGGUUUCCAACGAUUCCGUCAAGGAAGAGAUCCCGGUCUGAUGGCCUAUCUAGUGAGCGGGCCAAUGCCUUAUAUUCUGCUGAUCGAGCAGUUAUUGCCAAGAUGGGGGCCCCGAAUCAUGUCUCUGCAAAUGGUUUCGAGGUAGAGCAAAAAUCAGAAGAAAGGAUGAAAAGUUCUGUACCUAACAAGCGUACUAGAACAUCUAUGACAGAUCCCAGGACGGAUGCAAGGGCUAGUACUCCAGCGAGGCCGGGUACUCCUGCAAGGCCUGGUACUCCGGCAAGGCCCAGUACUCCUGCCAGGCUUUCUUCAGCCGCAGAUAGAGAGAGGGAAAUUUUAAAGAUUCCAAAUGGUAUUGGUGUUCAGGUUGAGGAUCGAACUUUGCCUGUUACUGUUGAAGGUUGGGAGAAGUCUAAGAUGAAGAAAAGGCGAUCUGGGAUAAAGCCAGAUCUUGCUGCAAGCACAGCAGCAGCGAAAUCUGUUGAUGGCUCUAGAGAUUCUAAACAAGGAAUGCAACCGCGGCUUCUUAAUGAAGCUAGAUCUAGGCUGGCUGAUGCCCAUGGGUUCAGACCUGGGGUUUCUAAUGGAGGUGUGUCUAAAGUUGAUGGUGGACAACAGAUUGGUUCAGGCAUGCGUACACCAAUUCCCCGGCCUGAGCAGGACAGUAUCCCCAAUCUCCAUGAGAAAAGAGAUCGUUCUACAGAGAAAGAAAGAGUGAAUCUGAAAGCUAUCAACAAGUCAAGUGCUCGAGAAGAUUUUAGUUCAGGCAGCCCAACGUCAAGCACAAAAUUGAAUUCAAGUGUUCGAGCUCCGCGGUCGGGUUCAGGUGUUGGACCAAAACUAUCUCCAGUGGUUUCUAGGCCAAGUACUUCUAAUGAUUGGGAGGUUUCUCAGUGUACGAACAAAAUACCUGCAUCAGGAGGUGUGAACAGCCGGAAACGUACACCUUCAAUGAGGUCAUCAUCACCUCCUGUGGCCCAAUGGGCCAGUCAGAGGCCCCAGAAAAUCUCUCGAACAGCAAGAAGGACGAAUUUGGUGCCGAUAGUUCAUAACAAUGAUGAAUCCUCUACUUUUGACAUAGCAUCUAUUGUUAUUGGAAAUGAAAGACGCUUAUCUGGAAAUUCUCCUCAACAUGUUAAAUUAAAAAAUGAUCACUUAUUGUCAGCUGGUUUGUCAGAAAGUGAGGAAUCAGGAGCUGCUGAAAUGAAGUUCAAAGAUAAAGCCAAGAAGCCUGAUGACCUGGGUGAAAAAUCUGGGCAGAAUGUUCAAAAGAUGUCAAAUUUGAUGCUACCACCCAAAAAGAAUAAGGUCAUGGGUGGGGAAGAUCAGCAAGAUGGUGUUCGGAGGCAAGGCAGGACAGGCCGCGGCUUUUCUGCAACGAGGACCCUCCUGUCUUCCUCCGGUGAGAAGCUUGGAAAUGUAGGAACUGCAAAGCAGCUCCGAAGUACCAGACUUGGUUUUGAUAAGGCUGAAAGUAAAGCUGGUCGUCCUCCAACUCGAAAGCUCUCAGAUCGCAAGGCUUACACUCGUAAGCAUACUACAGUGAAUGCACCGGCCGAUUUUCUUGAUGAUGGGCAUGAGGAGCUACUUGCUGCUGCAAAAGCUGUUACUAAUCCAGCUCAAGCGUUAAGUAGCUCAUUUUGGAAGCAGAUGGAAUCACUUUUCCGUUUUUUAUCUGAUACAGAUUUAUCCUUUUUAUCACAGCAGAUUGAUGCUGAACCAACUGUAGUAUCACCUGUACCUGCAUCUCUAGGAAGCGAGAAUGUCAAUUUGAUGGCUGUUGGUUUUAAUAAUGAUGGAGUUGGAAGUCUAGCUAAAACUUCAAGCGCCGAACACAGCCAGGAUCAGUUAGCCCCAGGGACAAAACCUGUUCAUCCCGUGCCCCUUCUCCAGAGACUGAUUUCAGCUUUAAUUCCUGAAGAAGAUGAAGAAUUUUCUUGUAGUGGUAAUCAAGAUCUCAGCAUUGAUGGUUAUGAAUCUGGGUUUGAGCAGGAUAUCAGUGUGAAAUCAGAAAUUAACCAUCCUCGGUUCUUACAAGGCUUUGAUUCAUGUGGACAUCCAGCUUCUAAUGGCUAUAAAGUAAAUGCCAGCAGGGGGUCCUUUAAUGAUCUUGAAUAUAUUACGCAGCAUGAUAACAGCCUGUCCAUUCCAGAUGCAGUUAUCCCGGGCUAUGAUGGCUCACAAAAUGGUUUUGUAUCAGACCAGGCUAUUAUACCUGCCAAUUGUACUGAAGCUCAGUACAAUAGGAUGUCAAUAAAUGAAAGACUGCUACUGGAGAUUCAUUGUAUUGGGAUCUUCCCUGAGCUUGCGCCUGAUGCUACACAUUCCGGGGAUGAAGAGGUCUCUGCAGAAAUUAAUAAACUGAACGACAUGUACCAUCAACAGGUUUUAAAAAGGAAGGGCAUUCUUAGCCGAUUAUUUGUGUCCGCUAAUGAGACGAGAGAAGUUCAGAACAAGGAGUUUGAACAGCAUGCUCUCGAUAAACUUGUAAUAAUGGCUUAUGAGAAAUACAUGGCUUGUUGGGGUCCUAAUGCUCAUGGAAUGAAGAGUGCCAGUGGUAAAAUGGCAAAACAAGCUGCCCUAGCUUUUGUCAAGAGGACAUUGGAGCAUUGCCAAGAGUUUCAGGAGACAGGAAAGAGUUGCUUUGAUGAAUCCAUGUUCAGGGACAUCUUUCUUGCUGGAUGCUCUUGGCUUGGUGAACAAGCAGCAGAAUCUGUUGGCGAUGCUGAAUGUGGCAAGCAUGAAGUCAGGCCUUCAGCUUCCUUGGGUGCACAGCGAAGCCCUUCAUUACCCAAUCAAGAAACAUAUUCCGCUGAUAAUCUACCCCCUGCAAAUUUGUCUUCAGAGCAGGAAGAGAGCUGGUCUAAUAGAGUGAAAAAGAAGGAACUAUUACUUGAUGAUGUUGGUGGUGGUGCGAUUGGGACACCUUUAGGUAUCAUGCCAGGUACUGGGAAUCCAUUUUCAAGCAGUGCAAAAGGGAAGAGGAGUGAGAGAGAGAGAGAAGGAAAAGGGAUUAUAUCUCGAAGUGGAACAACUAAGACCGGGCGGCCUACAGCCAAUGUUAAGGGUGAAAGGAAGAAUAAAACAAAACCUAAGCAAAAAACUACCCAAUUAUCUGCUUCGGUCAAUGGCCUUCUUGGAAAGAUGUCUGAGAAGCCUAAAGGUUUGUCCUCAACUCAAAAGGCAAGCAAUGCAAGCUCAAGUAGUACUGGCAAGGAUAACAAUGAUUUAGGCUUGGAUGGUUUGGAAGACGCUAUUGACUUAUCUGAGCUGCAAAUCCCUGAAAUGGACUUUGGUGGUCCUGAUGAUUUUACGGGUCCGGCGCAGGACAUAGGAUCGUGGUUGAACAUAGAUGAUGAUGGGCUGCAGGAUGACAUUUUAAUGGGUCUUGAUAUUCCAAUGGAUGAUAUAUCAGACUUAAAGAUGAUGGUCUGAAGUUGCUGUUGUUGUACAUUCAUGUUCACUUAAAUCACAAAGAACAGAUCCUUGAUACAGAAAAAGGACCGCUCACGUGGUGAUUGUGUUAUGGUUAACUUGAAAUUAGGCUAUAUAUUCUUUCAGAUACUAGUAUACCAGUUGAUUUUUGUGUGAACCCAUCCAUCGUUUUUUAUUAGCUACUAUUUAAGUUUGAUGACUUCCUGUAAAAAUCUUUUUGUUCUACCUUAUAGCUAGCAUGUAGUCAUAGAGUUUCCCAACACUGUAUUUUGUUUGUAGUGAUGAUUACAGAAACAGAAGAAAGCCUUUGUACAUAGAAAUUAUCUUUCUAAUAAAAUCUUAAGUUCUUCACGUAA